AUGACGAAAUCCAGGGUGGAUAUGCAGGAGGUGGUGAUCAAGCCCAUGCUGAUGGGAGAGUUUGUGCGGCACAAGAAGCAACUGGCUCCUCCUUUCAACCUCUCAGAAGCCGAAGCCCUGUCAGAAUGGCACCGCCUUAUAGGUGACCCCUCUGUGAACAAAUCAGAGAAGGUGCUCUUCAAUCCCAAGAGCCGCAAAGAAGAAACAUUUACUCGGGUUCAUGUGAUUAUGGAGGAGAACGAGAGGUGGCGCCGGCGCAUCCGCUGGAUCAGGGUCGAGGCCUGCAUGAGCAACAUGAAGGCUGCCUUGGAAAAGGGCAUCCGGGCGCUUGACACGCCCCCCGGGCUGACUGAGACGCUCGGUUUUACUAGGCUGACUUUUUGA